GAACACACACACCGUUACUGAGAUGUCAAGACCCUUCCCAGAAGCAAGUUCAGAACAGAUGAACACACACACCGUUACUGAGAUGUCAAGACCCUUCCCAGAAGCAAGUUCAGAACAGAUGAACACAGAAACCGUUACUGAGAUGUCAAGACCCUUCCCAGAAGCAAGUUCAGAACAGUGUCACAAACAUGACUUUGUUCAUACAAAUGUAUCAUGCCUGGACAAGUGCAGAGUAUGCAUGGGAUCGGGGAUAUCAUCUUUCAAGUGGAUUGGUGUCAAAUGUAAAGAUGAGAUCCAGUUAACUGAUACUGAGGAUGACGCGGAUGGUGAAUCUGCUUGUGCCAGUGCAUUAAGCAAGCCAAAAGAGAUUUCAGCAUCAACAUCAGAAGCCUGUCUGGAUGGAGUGACUGGAAAAGCUGGACAUCCUGACACCACUAGGAAGAGAAGAAUCCAGUGGUCAAAAGCAGAAGUUGCUGCUGUGCUAAAACAUUUCAAGCACCAUAUCGCCAAAGGACAUUUGGCUUCUAAAUCUGAGUGCCUUCAGUGCAAAAAUGCUGAAGAGCCUGUCCUGAAAAACCGGUCUGUACAAAACAUCAGGGAUUUCGUGAGAAACCGAGGUGUUACACUCAAAAGAAGAAGUCUGACAGUUAGUUCGUCUGAAAGUUAGUUAAUCUGAAAGUUAGUUCAUACUUGUAGUGCUGUUUGCAGCCUAGUUGUCAGAGAUUGUUGCACCAGUUAAAACAGCUAUACAGAAAUAAUUUACAAAAGAGUCGUAAAAUCUUCAU